AUGGACAAUAUGUUCAUCCGCUGGGUGCAUGGCGUUCGACGCCUCAGUAGCAUGCAAACGCUACGUGAAAGUGCCAUUGCGGCAGACGUUCUUCUAAAGCGAAAUCUUUACAAUGACUUCAUGAAAUCAAAUGCCACAGGCCGUCUCGGGGAGUAUCACGCUCCCGCUAUGCUUCGGCUGCCUCUGCAGCUGCGAGUUCACGUCAAUCUUUUGACACGAACUCGCCCGCUCUCACUACGAAGAGUGAGAAGCGUGACGCUCGUCAAGACGAGCUCGGCCGUGGCGCUCAAAAACGUCCACGGCACUCAAGGUACCCACGCCACUCCACCAGAUAUUGGUAGUGACCAUGGCGAGGAGGUCGUUGAAGAACCCGCUCCUCAAGGAAGUGUAAGUUCCCUCUCUUUCCAAGAAAUGCCGGUGGCGGUUGAAGUACCGACUGAAAGCCAUGCUGAGUUAGUGAAGAAAGUGGAGGAUCUCCGUGAGACUUUUGGUCAGUCUCGAAACGCCCUGGGCAAAGCCCAAUCUCGUCCGGAGACGUUGGAAUGCAAUCGCUUCCGUCUCCAGAUGAUGAAGUCUCAUCAGAAUCGUGUCGAGGCUAAUCUUCACCUUUUAAUUCGGAUGCAACAUCCUGUGGCAUCGCCAAUGUACGCAGUUCAAGCGACUUUAAGUCAACAUGGGACGGGUCACGGUAUGGCUUAA